AUGGCAUCGAAUGAGAUCCAGCCACAACACCAUGCGGACCCUGUCCUAGACCCGCAGAAUCAGCACCACCAUGCUCACCACCACCAUACCAAGUUCGCAGAGCAAGGCCGUGAGGAUGAGGUGGUCUAUGCCAACGAGAGUUCUUUGGACAAGAUUGAGAAAGGAAUUCCUGAACCAGUGGCAUUGGACCAUUCAAACGAAAGCAAUAGCCAGGAUGAGAAGUACGGGGAGUCUGGAGAGGUACAGCCUGCUGUGCGGGCUUGGUAUCGCCGGGCCCUGAAGCACUGGCGUCCAGUUGUGCAUGCUGUGAUCUGGUUGCUCUUUACCGGCUGGUGGAUUGCCGGUUUGAUCUUGCAUCGUUACGAUCUGGGGUGGUUGAUUCCUUUCCUCCUCUACCUGGCUAUUACCCUCCGGAUCAUCUUCUUCUACGUGCCGUAUACUAUAAUUACCAAGCCAAUGGCAUGGGUAUGGACACGCACGGCGCAUCCAAUCGUCAACAUGAUUCCUGAGAAGCUCAGGACACCGCUUGCAGCUUGUGUUUGCAUUGCAGUCUUUCUUAUUGGCGCAUUUGCUUCGCCUACUUCUCCAUCUAAUAACCGCGCAGACCGUGCUGUUAGUCUGUUCGGGCUGGUGGUUAUCUUAUUCGUUCUAUGGGCUUCGUCGAGGGAUCACAAGAAGAUCCGAUGGCAUACAGUUAUCGUUGGUAUGCUGACCCAAUUCAUCAUUGCUCUUUUCGUGCUUCGAAGUGGAGCUGGUUAUGAUAUCUUUAACUUCGUCGCCAAGCUGGCUCGUGAGCUGCUUGGAUUCGCAGCGGAUGGUGUCGAGUUCUUGACCGCCGAGGCUUUCUACGACUUGGAUAUCACUGUGAAAGACAACACUGGAGCGACUAGGCUCCUCACGCCGGGCAAAUGGUUCCUUGUCAGCACCAUACCUGCUAUUAUCUUCUUUGUCUCUUUCGUCCAGCUGCUGUACCAUUUCAACAUCCUGCAAUGGUUCCUCGGAAAGUUUGCGGUGUUCUUCUUCUGGACGCUGCGUGUCUCUGGUGCCGAAGCCGUUGUAGCAGCUGCAUCUCCUUUCAUUGGACAGGGAGAGUCGGCCAUGCUCGUCCGCCCUUUUGUGCCCCAUCUCACCAUGGCUGAAAUCCAUCAGAUCAUGACAUCUGGCUUUGCGACAAUCUCUGGUAGUGUUUUGAUUGCCUACAUUUCCAUGGGUGUAAACUCGCAGGCCCUGGUAUCCUCGUGUGUCAUGAGUAUUCCUGCGUCACUGGCGUGCUCGAAGCUGCGCUGGCCUGAACAUGAAGAGACAUUGACCGCCGGUCGAGUCGUCAUUCCCGAGAAUGAUGAACACCGCGCUGCUAAUGCCCUGCACGCCUUUGCCAACGGUGCUUGGUUGGGUCUUAAGAUCGGUGCUACCAUUGCUGCCACUCUGCUCUGUAUCAUUUCAUUAAUUGGCCUUGCCGACGGUCUCCUCACUUGGUGGGGACGAUACCUCAACAUCAACGACCCUCCAUUAACCUUGGAAUUGAUCCUUGGAUACAUUUGCUACCCACUUGCCUUCUUGCUUGGUGUUUCCCGCGACGGAGAUUUGCUCAAGGUCGCCCAGCUGAUUGGUCUGAAGAUCAUUUCCAACGAGUUCACUGCUUUCAGUGCCCUUCAAAAUGAUGCUGCUUACGCCGACCUUUCGGACCGUUCGCGGCUGAUUGUCACAUACGCGCUUUGUGGAUUCGCCAACCUCGGCUCGUUGGGAAACCAAAUCGGUAUGCUUUCGCAGAUCUCGCCAGGACGAAGUGGUGAUGUGUCUCGUGUUGCCUUCAGCGCAAUGGUCACCGGGGCUCUGAGCACCUUCACCAGUGCUACUAUCGCCGGUAUGCUCAUCACGGAUGAAAAAGCGUACUUUGGUACAUCCAGUUAG